AUGGAGUCCAGCUCCAAAGGCCCAGCACGGCUCAGCACCGCAGAGCGCAAACGCCUAACAGACCGCAAAGCUCAACGCCAGCGACGAGAACGCAUCAAGACGUAUAUUGCCCGCCUAGAAAAGACACUAGAGGAGCUUACCGCAGCAUCCGGAAAUGGCGUGGAAGCCACCCUCCUGAAACAGCUGGAGCAACAGCGCUCAAAGACAGAGCGCCUCACCAACGUAAUCAACCACAUUCACGAAGUCCUCGAGGAGACGCGCAGCUCGACGUCGCCGGGGCCGGAGGUAUCAUCGCCGCUCCUGACGCAGGAAGAGCCGAGCGCGUCUGCGUCUGCCCCUGCGACAGCUUCUGCGUCUGCAUCCUCAACAGCACUUGCAUCCGCCAUGGCCGCAGCGUCAACAUCAGCACCGAUCCCACGCCUUAUCUCGCAUUCAAACCCACUGGCGCCACAGGCACAUAGACCGCCAUCAUUCACAAUCAGCGUAGACCUACUGACGAAGAUAUCGCUGCACAGCCAGAACCCGAGUAACAGCGGGACGCGAAACUAUUUCCAGGUCGUCAACGAGUCGAUUUCGAAUGUGGCCAAGGAGCGCAAUUCGAUACUUCCGUCGACGAUGGAGGAUGACGACGAUCUGGCAAUUCGCGUCGCGCUGUACGGGUGGGAUUCGAUCCGCACUGGGCGGAGGAAUCUUGAUCGGGUCUGGGGUCUGCUUCAGGCGCUGGAUCAGGGGAUUUUUUCGAGGACGGGGUUGGUUGAGAGGGCGGCGAUUUUGAGGCUGAUGAGGUCGAUGAUCAAGUGGCAGUUGUCCCAACAUCAGCAUGACCCUUCGCAGCCACCGAUUCCUUCGAUUCCAUCAUUCAUGUUUCCAACUGUCACACAAACCAUGGUCCCUCACGCUCCAAUUAUAGACUUCUUUGCAUGGCCCAACCUGCGAGACCAUCUCAUCGUCUCCGGUAUCACCAACAUUACAGAAACAACAGCAAGCCUCUACGUCUCGCAGAUUCGCAUAAAGUGGCCCUACGAGCUUCGUGACAUUUGCAAAUACAAUGUCUCCGAGGACCGCUACCGCUUCUCCACCGAGUUCGACGCCGCCUACUACGACCUGCAGUCGUGGACGAUCGGCUCCGGACCGCUGCAGAUGCUCAUUGAGAGCGGGCCGUCGAUGGCCGGGCUGGACCCUGCCUCUGUCGGCGCUCAGGGGGCGCAUGGCGAGGAAGCCGAAGGGGAGGUUGACGCCGGGAGCUACUGGGACCGGCUGCUGGAUAGCUGUGAUCAGAUGUGA